AUGCAGAAAAGCCACCUUAACAGGCAAGUCUGGGCUUUUUCUCUGUAUCUCUGCCUUGUUAUUGUGGUAUGUGAGUCUUUCCGCUAUUCAGUGCCUGAGGAAAAGAAAAGUGGGUCUCUGGUGGCAAAUGUGCUAAAGGAUUUGAAAGUGGAUGUGAAGGAGCUCGCUGCUCGCAGGGCUCGGCUGGUUUCUGAAGGCACCAAGCAGUAUUUCCAGCUGGAUCCUCACUCUGGGAAUGUGAUAUUAAAUGAUAAGAUAGACCGAGAGGCUUUGUGUGGUCAGAAGGACCCUUGUGUCUUACUCUCAGAGAUUGUGCUGGAAAACCCAGUGCAAGUGCACAGAAUUGAAGUUCAAAUAGAGGAUGUGAAUGAUAACUCCCCCCAGUUCUCUAAAAAGGAAUUUCUUUUUGAAAUACCUGAGCAGACUCCCCUGAAUACCCAGUUCCUACUGGAGAGUGCUACAGAUGCAGACAGAGGAGAAAAUGCUGUUCAAAAUUACACACUUACUCCAAAUGACCAUUUUGGGUUGGAUGUUCAGAGUCACAGUGAUGGUACCAAAUAUGCAGAAUUAGUACUCGUGAAACAGCUGGACCGGGAAGAGGAAACACGUCUUUUCCUGAUUCUGUCUGCUGUUGAUGGAGGGGCCCCAAAGAGAACAGGCACAACAAACAUUAUAAUUGAUGUUCUGGACACCAAUGAUAAUGUGCCACAGUUUGGUCAUUCUGUGUACAAAGUGAAACUAAUGGAAAACCCCCAGCAAAAUACACUUGUAACAAAAGUCGAAGCAACUGACAGGGAUCUUGGUUCCAAUGGGGACAUCACUUAUUCCUUCAACCAGGUGCCACAAAAUGUGCUGAGGUCAUUCAUGUUAAACAAACAUACUGGGGAACUUAUAGUUGCAGGAACAAUUGAUUAUGAAGAACAUAGAAAUUAUGCAAUAAACAUCAAAGCCACGGAUGGAGGAGGAUUGUCUGCUUACUGCAAAGUCAUUGUAGAGGUUGAGGACAGGAAUGACAAUACCCCAGAGGUAACCCUCACAUCCCUCACCAGCCCCUUACCAGAAGAUUCUCCUCCUGAUACACUGGUGGCGCUUUUGCGUGUCACAGAUAGAGACUCUGGAGACAAUGGAAGAACUGCCUGCACCACUGAGGCAAACUUGCCAUUCAUGUUAAAAGCCUCACAGAAUAACUAUUACCAGCUGGUGACCCAGCAGUCCUUAGACAGAGAAAAAGCUUCCGAGUACAACAUCACCAUCACAGGCACAGACAGAGGCUCUACUAGGCUCACUUCAACAAGAAUUAUUAAUGUCCAAAUCUCAGAUAUCAAUGACAAUGCUCCAGCAUUUGAGAAGUCAACAUAUGAAAUGCAAUUAUGGGAAAACAACAUUCCAGGUCUGCUCAUAGGUUUUCUACAAGCCAAGGACCUGGAUGCAGAGCAGAAUGCCAAAGUGACCUAUUCUCUUUUGCCUGGGAAAGUCAGGGAUCAACCUGUGUCCUCUUAUGUCUCCAUCAACUCUGAAACUGGGAACCUGUAUGCCAUCCGAUCUCUGGACUAUGAGCAGAUAAAAGAUUUCCAGGUGACUGUGAGGGCUGUGGAUAGCGGUUCUCCUCCCUUGAGUUCCAAAGUUAUGGUCCAAGUUGUUAUUGUGGAUGAAAAUGAUAAUGCCCCGUUCAUCCUGUAUCCUCUUCAGAAUGGCACUUCUCCAUCCAAUGACCUGAUUCCGAGGGGUGCUGAGGCUGGCUACCUGGUCACCAAGGUGGUGGCAGUGGACAGAGAUUCCGGUCAGAACUCUUGGCUUUCCUAUGAGCUCCUGAAGGCCACAGAACCGGGGCUGUUCAGCGUUGGGGUCCAGAAUGGAGAAGUGAAAACCAUGAGACCCAUUAAUAAAAGAGACAGCUUGAAACAGAAACUUAUCAUCGGAGUCAGAGACAACGGGAGCCCUCCCCAGUCCACCUCUGCAACACUAAGCAUUCUGCUUGUGGAUGGCUUCUCUGACCCUUAUAUGAAAAUUGUGGAUGUCCCAAAGGAUGAAGUGGUGCAGGAGGAAGACCGUGCCCUGACUAUGUAUCUGGUCAUAUGCUUGGCUGUCAUCUCAUUCAUCUUUCUGGUUUCUGUGUUGGUGUUUAUUGCCAUCAAGAUUCAGAAAAGGAGAAAGUUCAUAGAGAGCUCAGCCCUGAAUUUCUCAGUAGGGCCAAAUUUCCCAGAGAACUGUGGAGAUGCUGAUGCUGGAUCCCUUUCCCAGGCGUACAACUAUGAGGUGUGCUUAGCUGGUGGGUCUGUGAACAGCGAGUUCAGGUUUCUCAGGCCCCUCUUUCCUGUGUUUUCUGUGGAGCCUGCUCACCUUCAGGGGGAUUCAAGGAUUUCACCAGGUUCCCAAGAUCUUUCCAGUCAUGCAGCAGAAAGUCAGCUCAUGAGUCAGACAGAACCAUAUUUUCUAGCAGCAUUAGGAGAAACUUAUGAACAGACUGACUCCGAAGCAAGAGGGAAGAUACAUUGGAAGCAAGAGGGAAGAUACAAUGGAAGACUGAAGGAAGGGAAGCAAUGA